AUGGCAUCAUUAACUACUGGAGGUGAUAGUGAACAUUUAGGUAUACCAAAGGCAGUAUUUGUUGAUGAUGUAGACAGUUUUAUGCAACAACCAGAAAAUGAUUCUCCGGAUACAGUUAUUCGAAGACUUGACGAUUUGGGUAGCAAAUAUCGAUUUAUGGAAAUGAAUUUAUUACAAAAGAAAAAACGUUUACGAGGAAAAUUACCUGACAUUCAAAUUUGUUUAGAUAUGAUUGCACAACUUCGUAAAUAUCGUGACAACGAUACCGAUAUGAAAACAAAUUUUCUCUUAUCUCACAAUCUUUAUGGCAAAGCAAUCAUGCCACCCACUGAUAAAGUUUGUUUAUGGCUAGGUGCUAAUGUCAUGCUUGAAUAUACACUAGACGAAGCUGAUGAAUUAUUACGUGGAAAUCAAAGUGCAGCACAAAAAACACUUCAAAAAGUUGUUGAAGAUCUUGACUUUUUAAGAGAUCAAAUUACAACAACUGAAGUAAAUAUGGCUCGCUUACACAAUUGGACUGUUAAACAAAAGCAACAACACAAUAGAAAAUAA